AUGCAACUGGGAUAUGGCGGCACUUUGCCCGCCAAAACUACGGUUACAGCAACUGAAGAACUGGGAUACGGGGAUAUGAAACUGGACAACAGCAAGGCUCCCAAUCAAGUCUCGUCGUUGGAGUAUGAAGAUGCGUCUCCUAGUAGCACCAAUGGCAUGCCACUCACUACUAAUGCUCACAACAAGGUGUUUGACCCUGCAUCCUACUAUGCCACACGCCGUCGAAACAGCAUGAGUACUGGAGGAUGCCGCAACAGUGGUAUCAGUGGACUGGCACGAGUCCAUCGUGGUGGUGGUCGAAGAGCAUCCAUGGAACACACUUCUUCCACGACUUCUCCCACCACAGAGCCGCAGCAACCAACACGGUCAGCCGUGUCGUUUAAAAUGCGCCGGCGUUCCACGAGUAGCAAGGAGGAGACACAAGAUCGGGGCACGUAUUCCAUUACCAGCUUUAUUAAAAUGGAAAGUGGUGUUGGAGUCGACGACAGCAGCCAUUCCAUUGAUGGGAGCAUGGCUCGCCGUGGAAUCCGUCGUAGCAUGAGCUGCGACGAAUCUGACCGUCAUCGUUUGAGUCGCAUGCACUCCAACAUGAGCGCUGAUAGUAGUGCCGCUCGUCGCGACUUUUGUGCCAACAAUAAUAGCACCGAACGCACAACUGGAACGACGAAAAACAAACAGGAUACCGCCGCUUUUUUGGGGUCACGAAUCAUCCGACUGGACAGCAGCAACCCGGGACGCAGAGGAUCGCUACUAAAAGGGCACAUGAAACAAAAAGCGAAUGUGAACUUGAUUAAGAGCUGCUUGCUAAGCUAA